GCUCCCGAACAUUCCCAAGACAAAGCCACCGCCUUCUCGAAAUUUCUCCCUCGUCCUCCUUUAUAUACGCGCCGCGACAACACCCCCUUCUCACGACAGAGCGACUCGAACAGCAGCAGCUCGGAGGACGCAAUCUCAGUUCCAAGAAAAGCUCAAGGAGGCCGCCGCCGCAGAAGCAGCAGCAAUGGCGUCUCGCCGGUUCUUCGCCUACGACCCGUACGACUACUACUACGCCACCCCGUACCACUACCGCUACCCGUAUUACCCGUACCAGCAGCAGCCCGCCCCGUCCCGCGGCGCCGGCGGGUUCUUCGCGGACGCCGCGCCGGAGCCGGUGAGCGUGGCUCCGCGGCCCAGGGUCGAGUCGUCGAGGCCGUUCUCCAUCCCCGUCCGCUUCGUCGGGUCCGACCCGGAGCCCGAGCGCGGGACGGCUAGGAUGCCGAGGAAGCGGGCGCCGACGGCGGAGGAGGCCGCGGUGAGGGUGCAGGCGGCGACGCGCGGGUUCCUGGCGAGGCGGUCGGUGCGGGCGGUGCGCGAGGUGGAGCGGGAGGCGGAGGAGGCUGGGGGAAAAAUCGCGCGCGAGGCGGAGGCGCUGCGCGGGGACGCGAGGGCGCGGAUCGCCGUCGGGGAGGCGCUGAUGAGGAUGCUGCUGCGGCUCGACGCGGUGCGCGGCGCGCGGGAGUACCGGAGGAGGGUCACCAAGCGGGUGCUCGCGCUGCAGGACGCCGUCGACGCCCUCGAGCCCAAGACGGCGCCGGUUGCCGUAGCGGAGGAGAACGAGUCCGAGGUGACGGCGGAGACGGCCGAGGGGAACGCGGGUCCGGAGCUUCCUGAUGUGGUGGAGCGCAGUGGCGAGAUCGAAACGAAGGCGGUUUCCAAGACGGCUGCCGAUAUGGAGGUGGAUGGGGACGGAGCCGGCGGCGAGCAGGGAGAUGCGGAGGAAGCGGAAAAGGCGCAGGACGCGGGGAACCUCGACGGUGAUAAGCCGGAAGGUUCGGACGCGGAGGGCGAGUGGGAGAUGGUGACGGAGGAACCCGAGCCCGCGGCGGCGCCGGCAUCGCGCUCCGAGGCGCCGCGGCCCCAGGAACCGGCGGGAGCAGAGAUCCGGACGAUGGAAACGGAGGCCGGCGUCGGCGGCCUGGACACGCGGAAGGUGAUGGAGAUGAUGGCGGCGCUGUGCGAGCGGAGCGCGCAGCAGUGCGCGGUGAUCGGCGCGCUGGCGGAGCGCGUGGACGCGCUGGAGCGCGACGUGCGGCGGGCCGAGGACGCCGAGCGCCGCCGGCGGCGUGCCAAGAAGCUGAGGAAGGAGGGGAAGGGGAGCAGCCACGGCAAGUGCUACAGCGACUGAAGGAGAUCUCAGCGCUAAUAACAGCAUUAUGUUUUUGAGCUUUUUUGCCCCCCUGUAGUUUGGUAGAAAUCGGUGCUGUUUUGUAAAUUUGUCUCAUUUGGUCUGUACAAUUCAGUUUUCCCAAUGUGGUUUGCACGUCUUGGCUUGGAGAA